CCGAGAUUGAACGAACGGACUGUGGAACCAACGAAGCUGCCCCUUUAAAUCAGGAAUACAGCGCAUUCGGAGGAGGUGAAGGUUUACAGCUGACCAUCUGACCUGAGGUCACAACCGCUCCUGUCCACCUGAGUGACCCAACUCACCUGGUCAGCCCUUCCCCUGCACACACACCUGCCCUACCUGGUACACCUGUCUACCAACCCAACACACACCUGCCCUACCUGGUACACCUGUCUACCAACACACACCUGUCCUACCUGGUACACCUGUCUACCAACCCAACACACACCUGCCCUACCUGGUACACCUGUCUACCAACCCAACACACACCUGCCCUGCCUGGUACACCUGUCUACCAACCCAACACACACCUGUCCUACCUGGUACACCUGUCUACCAACCCAAAACACACCUGUCCUACCUGGUACACCUGUCUACCAACCCAAAACACACCUGCCCUACCUGGUACACCUGUCUACCAACCCAACACACACCUGCCCUGCCUGGUACACCUGUCUACCAACCCAACACACACCUGUCUGGCCACUGGAGCAGACUCCAAUCUGCACACCAUCCACUAGUGGGGGUGUGUGUAUUGAUGGAUCAGGAUGUCAACCAAUAACAACAUCGCCCAGGCCAGGAAACUGGUGGAACAACUGAGGAUCGAGGCAGGGAUCGAACGUAUUAAGGUGUCAAAGGCAGCAGCAGACCUGAUGAGUUACUGUGAGCAGCACGCCCGUAACGACCCGCUCCUCGUUGGCGUCCCAACGUCAGAAAACCCUUUCAAAGACAAGAAACCCUGCAUCAUCCUAUAGCUGCACGCUCGUCUCUGCCCAUCAGACACACACACACACACACACACACACACACACACACACACACACACACACACACACACACACACACACACACACACACACACACACACACACACACACACACCCUCUGCACGUACACACACUCCCACCGGCUGACUCUGCAACAGCCAACAAGGCCCAGCUCUGUUAGGCUAUACAUACAACACACACACACAUACAUACACACACACACAGAAAUGAAAUAGCCACUCUGGAAAAGCGCCAUACUCAAUAGCCACAGCUAGGGGGCGGUGUCUGUGUUUACAGACCACAUUACCACAUUAGUGAUAUUAGCCCUGAGUUGUGUCUCUGUGGUGCUGAGGGUAAGCCUGCACUAACAUGUAGCUCUAACUGAUACUGGUUACUGACUCGCCCACAGAGAUAGUGACACUCAAGUGGAGAUGACAGAUUUGCUUCAAAAAGGGAUUAGGACAAUUAUCUUAAUAGGAAUCCACAGUCGCCUACAUGAAGUUAUAGGCUGAUGUAUAGCAUGUAUUUUAUUGAUUCAUUGAUUAAUCGAUUGACUGAUAGCAUGUAUCUGGGUGCUGUGAAGUGAGGGGUGUAAGGUACAUGAGGGUAAGGAGUGAAGUGGAGGGUGUAUGUGUGACCAAUCUGGUGUAAAACCUGGGUCGUCCGUGUGAUGCAAGCUGUGUUAGCCCUGUCAGCUAAAGCCUAGCCAUUAGCCGUGGAAGCUAAUACAAGUCUUCAGGUCUCAGGCAUGGUUACCCAUCACUAAACCACCGUGGCUAUACACGGUGUGUUUGUUAGCCAUAUAGUGGCUGACUUGCCACUGACUUGCUAAGUAUCACAAUAGGGAUGGCCCCUUCCUGAAUCCUUGGGUCAACGGUAAUGUUAGUGUUUCCACAAGACAUUGUGUUUUUGUGAACAUGGCAUUGAAACACUGAGCAGGUUGGUACAUGCUGCAUAUGUACCCACUGGGUUUAAACCCGGAUCAUCUGCAAUGCCACAAGACUGUUAGCCCACUGAGCUAAAGUAUAGGCUACAUACUCCCCCACUCUAGCGACGGUUAUCGAUCAACAGUGUUUCUGCUUUGGUUUUGAAUUCUUGGUCAGUGGGUUUUCUAUAGGCCAAAACUCCAGCUGUGUCGACUUGUGAAGUAAGUUGCUCAUAGACACUGAUCUAAGAUCAGUCUUGUGUUUUCCCUCUAAUGGUAAAGGUUAGGAUUUAGGGAGGGUCAUCUGAUGCUAGAUCUGUGUCUAAAAGGCUGCGUUUACAGAGGCAGCCUAAUUCAGAUCUUUGUCCACUAAUUGGUCUUUUGACCAAUCAGAUCGACUCUUUUUCCAAUAAUUGGGCAAAAGAUCAGAAUUGUGCUGCCUGUGUAAACGCAGCCUAAUGAAACUUUUAUCUUGAGUACUGCCAAGUACUGAGAGGUUAACUGUGUUCAAGUUUUUAACACCAGAAGUAUAUAUAGAUGUUUUUUUAUUAAUUAUUGUUUAGAUAUCUUGUCCAUUUAUUGCCAUACACUUAGCAGAUACUGUAGGUUUCCAUUCACUCCUUAACUUUACACUUGAGUCAAAAGUUUACCUUAACCACAGAUCUAGGAUCAGAUUAUCAUCCCCAAUCUUAAGUUGAACCAUAAGGGGGUGUACAAAUAUCUGAUCCUAUAUCAGUGGUUAGAGACAUCACUAGUUCUGCCAAUGAGAGCAAGCAUCACAUCAUGGGCUUUGCUUAUUGGCUCAUCAUGUGUUCUAUUGAGGAACAAGAGCCAAUUACAAAGUGGUGUCCCAUGUCCCCACCGCCACAGUCCUAUUCCUCUACUCCCAAACCAAACUUGAUUGUAAAAAAUUUAAAAGACGCUAGAAAAAAUAAAAGUGUAUAAACUUUCUUUAAGUGCAGAAGUGAUACGUUUUGAGAUUAGCUUUUUGGGGUUUGGUUUGAGUUUCUUUCUAAAUGGAAGCAGGUCAGUUGAGUAUUAUUAUCGAACUGUACAGUGUUUGUAAGAUAAAACUUAGGCCAGAAUUCAAUCAAAGUGCAUCAAACUUUUUCCACAAAAAAAAACAAAAAUGCGCUUUAAUUGAAUGUCAGCUGGUUGCAGAAUCUUUUCUGUGGAUGUUACAUUUUUGCGUAAAUGUUUCCCUUCUGUCAGAAUUUAGUCUGUUUGUUUCCUCAUUCAGCUUGAGACAGGUUCACACACACACACACACACACACACACACACACACACACACACACACACACACACACACACACACACACACACACACACACACACACACACACACACACACACACACACACACACACUCCCCUAGUGACAAAAUGGGCGAACCACAUCUACAAAGCAGUGGCGUGGCCGUACUCGUAGCAUAGCUUCUUAUACACAGGCUAGGCACUGUGAGAAACAAACCUGAACCAUUAAAACACUGUCUCUCUCUCUCUCUCUCUCUCUCUCUCUCUCUCUCACACACACACACACACACACACACCCACACACACACACACACACACACACACAGUUUCCUAAUGUCUUUUACAAUUGAUUAUCUGAGGGACAAUCUUGCUAUUUCUUCAUUCAUUCAUUCCAUGGACAGUUAUUUUUGAUUGAUUGAUUGGUUGAUUGAUGGUUUGCCUUGUUGUGGUGUAUUGUGUUGUAUGCUGGUUAGGAGCAGGAGUUUUACCUGGUCAGGUCACAUGGUCAGGGACAACAUUCUAGCCCUAGACUUGAGAGUAUUUGAGGGAACAGUCUUUAAAGAGGACACAAAGCUCUAGAAUGGAAGUGUUGUGGCGCUCCCGUUCCCGCAUCAUUCACUAUGGCUGAUCUAGGUCAGUUGAAAGUUUUCUCCCCCUAAAGAUUAUGUCAGGAUUUGGGGAAUGGAAUCUGAUCCUAGAUCUUACCUAGAGCAGAACGCUAGAACCCUAAAACAAAUUUCUGUCCCUAGACACUGAUCUCGGGUCAGUUUUACCUGGACUCAUCGUUGUGUUUUUAUCUCCUGUGUAUGCAUAUACAGUAUGUAUCUCUGAUAACGCUUUGUUUUACAGUCUCCUUUAACUUGGUAUUUGCUUAGAAAUAACAUGGUAAAAACAUGUGUUUCGUUGCAAGCGGGGACUAUUUAGUACCAGGUUGAAAGUCCCCAUUGUUACCACAAUGUGUUCAUUCCAGCUGGGACAGGACUGUAAAGUAAAGCGUUACCGGAUCUUUUUGCCUUGAUUAAUUGUGAAUGAUCAGUUAUUGAUUAUGAAGGAAAUUUAAUAUCUAUUUUUUGUAUCUGGUCGCUCUGAUGUGCCAUAACUCAUGUUUUCUUGCACACUGUUCAUAUUUUACAGUUAAAUACUUUACUGUUAAGACUUUACUGUUCAUAUUUUUGUGGAUAUUGCUGUUAAAAAAAAGAUGGUAUUUAAAAGUAGACAACAGUAAUAAAAAUAUGAUAAUAACGCC